GCACGUACGACGACGUUUCUUUGAGGACAGUUUAGAGCCCGGCACUCUUUUUCCUUGGCCGCAAAGUCAGUCGGACAAUAAACCGGGUGAAGGAAAAGAAGACAGACGGAGAGGAGUUCAGAGAAGAGUGAAAGAAUGGAAACGCCAAAGACAAUUGCACAUGAAAUCGGAGGGAUCCAAAACGACGCUCUUCGAUUCGGCCUCCACGGCGUCAAAAGCGAUCUCGUCGGAGCUCACCCUCUCGAAUCCGCCUGCCAAACUGCGAAGAAGACUCAAGAGGAGAUGAGAAGAAAAAUCCUUGCAAACACAUAUGGCUCUGCCUUUCCACUCAAGAUGGAUCUUGAUAGGCAAAUUCUUUCGCGAUUUCAGAGGCCACCAGGACCAAUUCCAUCUUCAAUGCUAGGCCUUAAGGCUCAUACAGGAAGACUGGAUGAUUUUGGUUUUGAGGACUAUCUGAAUGAUCCUCGUGAAUCUGAAACUUUCAGGACGCCAGACAUGCAUCAUGGGAUGGAAGUACGUCUUGGACUUUCCAAGGGACCCGUCUGCCCAAGUUUCAUAUAAAGCAGUGCCCAAACGAGUGAAACAGUUAUUCACUUGUCAAUUGGUUGUAGUACUUCAAGCCAAGUAUGUUUUUCAGUGUCAGACAAUUUCAUUGACGACCUGUUGCCCAAAUCUGUUUUAUUGUAUUUAGUUGUAAUGACAUUUUAUUAUCACUAUUGCAUUUAAAUUAAUAUGGUCGCUGCCUCUUUGGAGUUGAA